AUAGACGUGGUAGAGUAACUAUGGUUGCAAUCAAAAGGUUGAGAAACGUAUGCAAGCAACCAACGAGAGUAUACCAUUAUGAAAUUUUUAGUGAUGUAAGUAUACCUAUAAAUCGUGAAAGAAAGGAUGAGUUCGUUGGGGGUCCCAUUUCGUUAGAAUUAGAUUUGAGAAAAAGGCCUAUGCAUCCUUUAAUAAUAGUAAAUAGUGAAAAUUCAGCUUACGACGGUGUUAAUUAUACGAUAGCAAAACCAUACGGAACGUAUUUUAAGAAUGUCCCAAAUCGCCUGAGAUCUCGGUUUGAUACGAUAUAUAUCUGCCCGAUUAUUCCUUCAAACGAUACAUCGCCUCCAAUUAUUAUCGCCCAUACUAACAAAAUUGUGUUUUCGCCCGACCAAAAUAUUUUACGUAUAUGGAUUCAAACAUCACUUAAUGGUCUAGACUUUGCAAUUAAAGUGCCCGAGAUCAAAAACGGAACAUUUCAUACCAAGCAAAUAUUGCACUAUGCUGAUGAUUCAAAGGAGUUCCAACAUGGGCAUACACAGCUUAAGUAUCACGUAUUACAAAUAGAUAUAGCAAAGUAUGAAUGUGAAAGACCCGAUCUAGUGAUAAUGAAAAACAUGAGACUUGGAGAUUGGAUGUAUACUCAAUACAGCGUAGCGCCAAUAAGGUACCCAAUAUAUAUGACUACAGAAGUACUCAACUCUUAUUACAACUUAGUGAUAUACAGGGCUGGUGUAUCAGAGGUUGUCACCUACGUUGAACUCUUUGAUCAUGUUAUACAUAGAUGGCAAUAUAUUAUUGUACAUAUUAAUAAAAUAAAAGAAAACCCAAUAGAAGGAAACAAAUUCGUGCAAUCAUUAAAAAGAGGUUACAAGCGUAUCGAUGAAAGAAACGGAGUGGCAUACUUUGACCUCACCAACCUAUGCUUAGGUGCCUAUAUGGAUAUGCUAUACAACAUAGACAGAUCCUUCAAGUCGGAUGAUGAAAUCAAUAGACGUAGAUAUUGCUCAUGUCCGGAACAAUCCAUUUCACAAAGUGUUAUCAUUUAAUUACUACCACCGCGAAAUGUGUGCUGUAAAUAGAU